UUCAAACGUAAACCCCUAUUUACUUGUAUCCCGAAAAUUAAGUUAGAAAUCCCAUAUUGGCUCUGUUAGUUACUAUGUAAAACCGCCUAGAGAAAAUAAGCGAAUUUAAAAGUUUUAUCGAUUAUUACGGCCAUAUUGUAAAAGCAAUAUCCGAUGGGUUCGGUCUUGUAUUUUCCUAACCUUUCGACAGUCCACACCUUGGUUCCAGCUCUUUUCGCGCCCUUGCCUAUCCCCUGUAGUCAUUAAGCUGCGUUCCAUUUCUACAUUUGGUCCAAUUCGAGCCAGAUUGGUUGCGAUACUCUCUGAGAUUUCAGCUCCACAACAACUAUCAUCUCUUAAAGUAUAAUGAAUUCCCACCACCAUGAGAAAAAGAAGCCGGGUCAUUCCUCCUUUGUAUGCAGGCUGUGCAGGAAAAUACAUUCCCUCAAAACAUGCCGUUUAUUCCUCCAAAUGAACACAAAUCAGCGAAUGGAUGUGGUCAAAAAAUACGGAUACUGUCUAAAUUGUCUGGCACACACACAUUCUCAAGGUUCUUGCUUCACCAAAACGGGCUGCAGAUAUUGCCAUCAACGCCAUCAUUCACUGCUACAUAUGCACCCCAGGUUAAAGAAGAAGACAUUUUCUAGAUCAACAAAGUCUCAAGCUCGAAGUAAGCCUAAUAAGAAGUCCGAAACAGCUUCAGCCUCAAAAAAUAUUCCCACGCCACUCAGGCCCAAUGAAGCAGCUAAAGAAUCGUCGACUUCGCUCACUGCAAUACUCCGACAGAAUGCUGCCACCUUACUGCCAACAGCCUCGGUUAUAAUAAACGCAAAGGAUGGGAAGCAUUAUGCCAGAUGUCUACUGGACUCUGCAUCCAGAAUGAGUUCCAUCUCCAAGCCGUUCGUGGACAAGCUGCAACUUACAACGUUAGAACUGGAUAAUGAGACCAUUUGCCCCAUCACUUUGUGGUCCCGUAUUGAGGAAAAUUUCAAGAUAGAGACCACCUUAAGGGUUCAUCGACGUAUAAGUACGAUGACUCCGAAAGAAUCGUACCCGGUGAGCAUAAAGUCGCACUUCCAUAAUUUAGUUUUGGCCGAUAAAACAUUCUACAAGUCUUCGGCUAUAGAUAUAGUCCUAGGAGUCGACAUACUUUCUCGAAUCAUGCGAGAGGGUCUUUUUGCAAGAGUUGGUCUUCCUACGGCCCAAAAUACUGCUUUUGGCAUGGUGAUUUACGGAACAUUUUCUAUUUAAUUAGCAAUACUUGCUGUUAUGUUAUAAUAUAAUUACUCUAUAUAGCAAAAAUAUUUUGAAUUUUAACAUUAGAAAAAAUAGUAACAAAUACUAUAGAAUUAUCAUUAGAAUUGAAUAUAUAUAACCUUAAAAGAACCGUAUGCUUGAAUUACUUUCCUUGAAUUUGAUUAAAUUUGAGAUAUAUUGCCCUUAUUGAAUUUCCAGUAAUACUGCAAGGCGGGCGGAAUGUUUACGUUCAAACGUAAACCCCUAUUUACUUGUAUCCCGAAAAUUAAGUUAGAAAUCCCAUAUUGGCUCUGUUAGUUACUAUGUAAAACCGCCUAGAGAAAAUAAGCGAAUUUAAAAGUUUUAUCGAUUAUUACGGCCAUAUUGUAAAAGCAAUAUCCGAUGGGUUCGGUCUUGUAUUUUCCUAACCUUUCGACAGUCCACACCUUGGUAAGCUCUAAUCCAAAGAAAUAAAAUCCAUCCAAUGUCCAAACACUAA